UACUGACAAUUCAGAUCAGCUGUGUCUGAUCUGAUUGUUAAAUGUUGUUGGUUGACAGAGAUUGUUGUUAUAAUUAUAUAAAAUAAUCGCUUCCUCAUCAGAAAUGAAUUCUCGAUAUAUAUUGCGCACGUGCAACAAACUAUUAGGACCCCUAUUUAGCAGAGGGUCUGGUACUUACAAAAUCGUCAAACGGCCAGACCCGAAAUCUUUAAAAAUGCCGGCGCCCGGGUCAGCGCCUAAAAUAAUGGACAUAAUAAAGGAAAAAAUACGUUUGAAUGGCCCUAUGACUGUCGCAGAGUAUAUGCAUAUUGUUAUUACGAAUCCUACUGAGGGUUAUUACUUGAAGAAAGAGGUUAUUGGCGGAGCUGGGGACUUUAUAACCUCUCCAGAAAUAACACAGUUAUUUGGUGAAAUUCUUGGGAUUUGGUUCUAUUCAGAAACUCAAAAGAUGGGAACUGGCAAGCCAUUGCAGUUAGUUGAACUGGGACCAGGAAAAGCGACUUUAUUGGUUGAUAUGUUGAGGGUACUUGGCCGCGUCGGCUACGAUGCACGCACGCUAAGCCUCCAUUUAGUUGAGAUAUCAGAGACAAUGCAGUUGGCUCAGGCCACCCGCCUCUGCAUCUCACACAGACCUAUGGAAGUUGAUUCACCACACUAUUACGAGGGUGAAACCGUCAGUGGUAUGAAAGUGUACUGGUACAAUGAUCUGAAGAAAGUGCCUAAUAACUUUUCCUGGUACAUCGCCCAUGAGUUCUUUGAUGUGUUGCCUAUUCACAAAUUUGAGAAAACAGAAAAAGGCUGGCGGGAAGUGUUAAUAGAUUUAGAUUCAGCUGGAAAACUUCGGUACAGGAUAUCGGCCGAGGAGACCAACUCUGUCCGGACUUUGAUCAGGCCUCCGUUGGACACUGGGGAGAGGACGCACUUGGAGAUCAGCGCCAGGAGCCUGGGUAUCGCCAGGCAGUUGGCACAGAGGGUCGAUGAAUUUGGGGGAAUAGCAUUGAUUGCUGAUUAUGGACAUGAAGGAGAGAAGGGUGACACUUUUAGGGCCUUCCACAAGCACAAAGUGGUUGACCCCUUAGAAAACCCAGGCGACUCUGACUUAACCGCAGACGUGGACUUCAAGCAGUUGAGAAUCGCCGCGUCCAAGUCGCCGACAGCAGAGAACUACGCUAUAGUGGUGGGGCCGGUCAAACAGAUGGAUUUCCUAAAGAGGUCACAGGCAGAACUGCGGUUGCAGGUUUUACUUGAAAAUGCCAAGACAGAUGAAGCAAAGGAACAGCUUAAGAGUGCGUACGAAAUGCUAAUAGACCCCAAGAAAAUGGGUGAGAGGUUCAAGUUCAUGGCCUUCUACCCUUCUAUGAUGGGAGACAUCCUUGAGAAAUAUCCUCCACUUGGGUUCUCCACACCAAAAACUACUUCAUAGGAUUUAAUUACGACUUAGUUUUUUAUUUUAUU